AAGUAAAAUAAGAAGGCGAAACCACGAUCAUAACCUUUUCAUUUCGGCGUGCGUACUGCGUGUUUAUAGUUUCGGCGUUCUCCGACAUUUUAAGUCUUUUUCUCACAGUUUUUUUACAAUUAGACGCCCGCACGUAUCUAAUUUUGUUGUAUCGUUUUAUUUAUAAGUUUAAAAAAUGGUCAAAGCAGAGAUUAAAACUCCCAAUAAGCGCAAGAGCAUUGCUAACGAGGCCUCCGCGAAAAAAGUGAAGGCAGAAAAUGGCAAACCGAUCACACCUAAAAAACAAGGCGGCUCCCCCCAAAAACCCAACAAAAACAAACAAAUUAAAACAGAAAACAAUUCAGAUGUAAAAGAUGUUAAACCGUUUGCCGGCACCAAACAGCUCAACAAACAACAACAACCAAACAAGAAACCUGAAAAUGACAAGGCAAACAACAAAUCGGCGGCAGAAUCAAAAAGAAAGAGGCGAUCCCAGUUCUCAAAGUUAACCGGUCUAGUCAAAGAGAAACAAGGCAGCAAAGAUCCCGAACUAUUAAAAUCCAUUCAGGACAAAAUCUCAGCGAUUAAUACGAGAGGAGAACUGACCAAAACCGCCAAGAAGAAGUUGGGAAUUCUCAUGAAAUUGAAAACUAUUUGUGAGGAGGGAGCUGAAGCCGCGGCAGCCAAAAGCAGGGCUAAGGUUCAGGCUGAAAAGGCUGCGGCUGGUAAAAAUAAGGUUGACAAGGUAGCGGCUAAGCCCCAAAAGGCUGUACAACAAAAGAAGAAACAACCACAGGCAGCCAAAGUGGCCGUACAGAAGAAACAACCAGUGAAACAAGAGGAAGAAGAGGAUUCUGAUGCUGAAGAAGAGGAGGAAUCAGAUGAGGAAGGAGGAGAGGAAGUUGAUUCUGAUGAUGAUGCAGGAGAAGAAGACAGUGGUGAAGAGGUAGAGGGUGAAGAUGAUGAUGAUGAUGAUGAGGAAGAAGAUGACGAUGAAGAAGAUGAUGACGAAUCAGAAGAAGAAGCACCAGCGCCCAAGAAAACGAAGAAACAACAGCCGGAGCAAAAACCACGUGAGGAAAAUAAAAACCCGACCAUUGAGGACCUGAAAAACAAAGAUCUUGUGAAAAAGGGCCAGAAAAGAUUCGUGCUGUUCGUGGGUAACAUCGCGUACGAUACAACCAAACAAGAACUAGCGGAACAUUUCCAAAAAGCGGGUGGAAUCGUGCAUAUUCGAAUCCCCACCGACCAAAAAACCAAUAAACCCAGGGGGUUCGCUUAUUUGGAGUUGAAAGACGAGGUUUCUUACGAGAAAUGCCUUUCAAUGCACCACUCUCAGCUGAAGAGUAGACGCAUCAACGUGCUUUACACGCAGGGCGGAAAAAAGAAGGGGGACCAACAGAAAAAAGACAUCAAAGCGAAAAACAUGAAACUGCACGCGUUAAGGCGACAAGGAAAAUUAGCGGGAAGCGUCAAAGAAACACAUAAAAGAACUUUCAGGCGAAAUAAAGGAAAACUUAAUAAGCAACAGAGUGAACAAGACUGAGGUUAAAAAUAAACACAAUUUUAACAGACAGAACAGUAUUUAUUUAGAAGUUUUUAACGUACAAUAUAUAUCACAGAUUUUGACUCAUUCGAUAAUAUAAAUAAAAAGGUAUUUCAUGUAAAUAAAGGCACGAAAUCGUUAGA